UUAAUUGUAGUGUGAAGACAGAUUUCAAAGAGCAAAGUUUCGGGAGGGAGACCACUAUUGGUGGUCCAAUGUCAGUAUUUCAAACAGCAACUUAACUAUAGAUAGGUUGCUGGGAUACCAGUCCGGGAAGUGAGACUAAGAGACUGCAGGCAUUUUUGAAACCCCGCCCUUUUUAACACCCCUGCCCCCUCCACCCGUCUCCUUUCCCUUCUGUUUUGCCAGUGAGCCAAGGACAGCCCAGGAAGUGAGUGUUUCACUUCACUGCCAGUCAGUGUGAGGAUCUGGGAAUCACGGAAUCUGCUGCUACUAAACUCAAAAACAAAAAUGUUUUUUCAAAACUUUUUACGUUUUUUCAGCAAUCUUUCUGCCAUUGCAGGUGAUAUCCUUUCUGUGAUAGUACACCGGAUCCCAGUUUUGAAAAAGUAUGUCAGAAAUUCUCAUCAGAAAGAAGUGGUCUUCAGUAAGCAGAAGAAUCUUCCAUGUAUUGCACCACUUCUAACCACGGUAGAGGAGACUCCGCAGAUCAUCUCUGCUCGAGUCCAGGGACGUUUUCCUGAGUGGCUCAAUGGCUAUCUACUUCGAAUUGGACCUGGGAAAUUUGAGUUUGGGAAGGAUAGGUACAACCACUGGUUUGAUGGAAUGGCUUUACUUCACCAGUUCAAGAUGGAGAAGGGCACAGUGACAUAUAGGAGCAAGUUUCUACAGAGCGAUACAUAUAAGGCCAACAGUGCUCGUGACCGAAUUGUGAUCUCAGAAUUUGGCACACUGGCUUUCCCUGAUCCAUGCAAGAAUGUUUUUGAACGUUUCAUGUCAAAAUUUGAGCUGCCUGGUAAGCAGCCCUUAACAUGCCCAUAAUUUACAGGUUCUUGCUAUAAUGUUAUUCGGGUUCCUCCAGAGAAAGAGGAGCUUGGGGAGACAAUGCAUGGAGCCCUGAUAUGUUCUAUUGUUUCUACAGAGAGGAUGAAACCUUCUUACUACCACAGCUUUGGAAUGACAAAGAACUACAUAAUCUUCAUUGAACAGCCUCUAAAGAUGAAUCUGUGGAAAAUCAUCACUUCUAAAAUCCGGGGAAAGGCCUUUUCAGAUGGAAUAAGCUGGGAACCCCAGUAUAAUACACGGUUUCAUGUGGUGGAUAAGCACACUGGUCAGCUUCUUCCAGGGAUGUACUACAGUAAACCUUUUGUUACUUUUCACCAAAUCAAUGCCUUUGAGGACCAAGGCUGUGUUGUAAUUGAUUUGUGCUGUCAAGAUGAUGGAAGAAACCUAGAAGUUUACCAGCUACAGAAUCUUAGAAAAGCUGGGAAAGGGCUUGAUCAGGUCUAUAAUUCAGUAGCUAGAUCUUUCCCUCGAAGAUUUGUUUUGCCCUUACAUGUCAGUCUGAAUGCCCCUGAGAGAGAGAACCUCAGUCCGUUGUCUUAUUCUUCAGCCAGUGCUGUGAAACAGGCUGAUGGAAAGAUUUGGUGCUCUUAUGAAAAUCUGUAUCCCGAGGACCUAGAAGAGGAAGGAGGUGUUGAAUUUCCCCAGAUCAACUAUGGCCAGUUCAGUGGCAAAAAGUAUCAUUUCUUCUAUGGAUGUGGCUUUCGGCAUUUGGUGGGGGAUUCUCUGAUCAAGGUUGAUGUGGUGAACAAGACACUGAAGGUUUGGAGAGAAGUUGGCUUUUAUCCCUCAGAACCUGUUUUUGUUCCAGUACCAGGAACGAGCGAAGAAGAUGGUGGGGUUAUUCUUUCUGUGGUGAUCACCCCCAACCAGAAUGAAAGUAAUUUCCUCUUAGUCUUGGAUGCCAAGAACUUUGAAGAACUGGGCCGAGCGGAGGUGCCUGUGCAAAUGCCUUAUGGGUUCCAUGGCUCCUUCGUAACCAUCUGAUGGAACCACCACAAGGUCUGGGAACUAGGUUUGAAAUAAAUGUGCUCUGUACAAAAGCGAAAGCAAAAGGUGCACCUUACCAUCCCAACCUUAGACAUCUAGUUUUAAAAUUUCUAUUAAAAAUGGAAUUCAUGAAAUCAUUAUGGCUUUAUAUUUUCUUAGAGAUCUUCCUUGAAAACAUUAAGCAAGUGUUGAUACAACCUUUGAAGAGAAUUUUAAAUAUAUACUUACUGGAUAUAUCUUCCUCUAGGUAAUAAGAACACAUGAAAGAAAAACUAGAACUAGGUCAUUAUCACCACCAGAUAGGUGGUGACAGAGGUUCCCAUACUUGGGAGAAGAAAUACACAUAACCAUAGGUGGUAGAACAUUGUAUGAAAAACCCCUUGUUUAUUCCAUGACAGCCUGCCUGUUGGCAGUGGUCCUAAGGUAUCACAGAGAACAGGAAGCCAGCUAUGUCAUGCUUGGAGGCUUCUUCUAAACUGGCUGUUCCUCUGCUUCCACAGCAGGUGCCACUGCAGUUGAACCACCCGCUACCACAUCCCUUUCCACCCCAGAUUAGCCUUGGGAGGGUGCUGUCUGGAGGGGCGUUGUUUAACAUCAGGCAUUUCUUCAAAUCUCCAGCCUUAGAGUUCUUCAGAGAUUGAGGAGCAGUUGAUAGUUCUUCAUCUAGUUGGGCAGCAGGUGGCAUCUAGACCUUCUAAUCUCCACAUCUCUACAUCCCCAUCAUUUUUACCAACAGUCCAGACCAGCCAAGAUCUGUCACUUAAGCCACAUGAUAAAAUCCCUUGUCCCCUUUUCCUUCAGUUACACUCCUUUCUUCUGCUGAACUCCCACUCGGGGCCAGUUAAACUGUGCAUCUCUAUGUGCCUGUUGAAUGUGGCUGGAGGGGCGCCCCAGACGUGUAGUUUGGGGCAAUGUGAACGCAUUAGGCUCACUGCACAGUUGUAGAGCAACACAAUGACUUCUCAGUUUUCCUUCAGAGUUUUAUAAAUGACGCAGACCCUGUUCUCUUUAGUGAAGUGUCCCAUACAUACAGAUGCCACAUGCUGGGGUUUACCUUGUGGCCAUAAAGUAAAAGCUCUGAGUUUUGUGGCUGGGUUGGUGAGUCACAGAACAACAGCAAUAGAUACGGAAUGGCAGGAAGAUGUCUAAAUGGAAUGAAUACAGUGGAUGUGGGAGCUCAAAGGCUGAGACAACCACAGACCAUAAAUCUCCCGUUACUUCACAGAAGGCUUCGAAAAGGCAUUGCACUUGCGCCCUCUCCUCCCUCCCUGAGAUGAGACAUGAAAGUUUGAUUCAGAUCUUUUCUGGUGGGUGAAGGAAACUCCAGUUGACAUCUGAGAGGUACACAGAUAUUUUAUAAUCUAGGUGAAUAUGGCUGGUAAUCCAGUGUAGAAAGUUCUGGAAAUUGAAUGAACUCAAAGCCUAGGCAGGGCCUCUUCCUCUCCCUAACUCCAACUCAUCACUGGACAGUGUCCAGAUACUCAAGGAAAGGGUGUAUAAAGUGCACAAGUGAGGGGAAAAGGAAUUAGGGUGCACCCUAGUGACCUUAAUUACAUCUGCAAAGACACAAUUUCCAAAUAAAGCCAUAUUCUGAAGUACUGGGAGUCGGGACUUCAACCAUUUAACUUUGGGGGGACUCAAUUCAAUCCAUAACAGGAUGACCGAGAGUGAAUUUGGUGAGUACCUUUAUACAGAAUUAGCUUCAACAAAAUAGAACAAGAACUCUGCAAAUGCAAUUACGUAUUUUAUUGAAGCAAAGAAGUAAAUCAAUUUCUCAGAAAUUCUUUCCACUUUUUACCCUUUAUUUUGAUUGUUUAAACUGUUUUAGGAACAAAUGAAGUAUUUGUGUAAACACUAGAGUAUUCAUCUCUGAUGCAGUCAAUGCCUGGGAAACAUUGUUUAUAUUGUAAGUGAUCUUGGGUAAA